AUGUGGUUGGUCACUGAACUACAUGACACCGUGAAUUGUAGCGAAGCCAAUGAGUCUCUGGGCCACCAAUUCUGCUCUAUCGUUACAGUUGCACCUGUGUACGCGCUCCGAUGCCUCAAUUACAGAAGCAUCAAUCAGCUGGACUGUUCACGAGACGUCAUUCCAGCACCAUUCAAUCGUCAAUUCCUACGACUUUCCUCUCCGCAUCAUAGCAUGGCAGCCGGAGCUAGAGAAUUCAUACCUGAACUUCCGGAGGCUAUUUGUCUGACAUCGACUAAAUCUACUCGAGAACGACUGGCUAUCAUACCAAGUGAAGUUCAGGUAGCACCAACGACUCGCCAACGCUUCAUUCCUAUAAAGCCAUAUUUUCGGCAUGGGUCUCAAACAGCGCAGCACACCGACAUCUCAAGAGCAGAAAGGCCUUUCGUAGAGAAUCACUCACUCGCGCUCUGCAUCAUCAAUUUACUUAUGAAACCCAAUCACACUACUGAGGAUACUUCAUCAAUCUUUUCCUGCUGCUUAUUAUCAGGCACGACCUUCCUCAACACAAUCGCAUACCAUGAUCAACCCGUUCAAGCAGAGUCCGAACCACCGAUAUCAUUCAUUCAACUUGAUACAUUCAUUACACAGUCCCAGGAAAACCACCGCCCACCCACUCCAUCCCCCUUCCUACGAAAUCUUUAA